AUGUCAUCUGAGUUUUUAGAUUACACUAAAAACAAGCGGAAAGAAAACUUGGACUUCCUGAGUCAAUUUAUGAAAAAUCAUCAAAUCAAUGUUGAAACAAUAGUCUCUCCUCAAUAAUCAAUUGUGACAUCGCAAAUGACUGACCAAGUUAUUAAAAUUGUGAAUUCAAAAUAAAGUUUGCAAACAUAACAAUCUCCGACAUCCAUUACACCUCUACAAUCUCCAAAAUUAGUAGACACUACUCCGAUUAUCUAAGAAAUUGAUAGCAUUUUAGAAAAAAUUCAAAUGAAAACAUCCAAUCCUUAAAAGUAAACUCCAGAAAAGAAACCAUCUCCUGUAAAAAUAGAAUAACCUAAUUAACAAGAUAUUAUAUAGCAGAUCAAAAUGAAGAUCCCUCAAAAUUAGGCUAAAAAGUAAAAAGAAGAAAUUCUUAUUUAAAAUUUAAAACAAGAAACCCAAAUUACAGAACCUGAAGAAAAUAUCACUCUGCCAUCUAAAGAGCCAUCUCCCAAGAAGGAAUCUUCAAUUAAAGAAGAAGUCAAGAGAAUAAGAGAUGCUUUUAAACCACCCAAAUCAUAGAAGAUUGAAAAACCAAUUGAUUAAGAAUAUGAAGAACCUAAAUAGGAACUAAUUACAACUUCAUAAUUUCCAUAAUUCAUAAACGAAGAUUCAUCUAUGGAAUACGUUACGCCAAUAAAGAAAAUCGAAAUAUGUUCAUAGUUAAGCUACAGCCAAAGCAAUUCGAUUCUCUAAUCAGAAUUGAAAGAAACUACAUAGAAACCUGAGUUUAAUCUACUCAAAGAUCCUGUAAUAGAAGAACUCAUCCAAGAGGAAUUAGUGUUGAUGCAAAGAUUACAUUUCCUAUAAUAGUAAUUGCAAUAUGAAUAAAGACAACAUGAGUUUAUUUGA